CAAAAGACAAAGCAAAACCAUGUGAGAUUUUAACCAAUUCAACUUCAGCUGAUAUGUUCUUUAAACAUUCUUCAAUGGCAUAUGGCUCCUAUAUACAUGUAUAUGUUAUAUAUAUGCGUGUGAUUAGGCUGUGCCAUAUCAAAACACUAAACCUUAGAAAAAUGUUACUCAAAUAUGGGCAUUGGAUUGGUUCAUGCGAAGCAAAAGCUACGACGAACCCUAUCGGCGAGAACCAGGAACACGUUGGCGACCUCAAAUGUUCCGAAAGGCCAUGUUGCGGUUUACGUCGGAGAAGACAACAAGAAGAGGUUUGUGAUUCCAAUAUCUUUCUUGAACCAUCCUCUGUUUCAAGAUUUGUUAGAUCGAGCCGAAGAAGAAUUCGGGUUCAACCAUCCGAUGGGAGGUCUUACAAUUCCUUGUAGUGAAGAACAUUUCGUUAGAAUUACUACAAUCUUGAACAGUUGAUGAUAGAUGUAGCAGCAGUACAUCACAAAACACUGCAACAACAACCUGUGGAACAUACAUACAUAUAUAUAUUUAUGUUCCAUGUAAAUUAUAUAUGUUCCUUAGCAGUUAACAGCUUAAAUCAACAUGGUUUUUCGAUUUUCCGAGUUUUAGAUAACAA